AUGAGGUCAGUGGAUAAUUCAGCCACUGUGUGCGUCCUCACGGCCCAUUUGGGCGCAGGUGUCCUGCGAAGAUUGAUGCGACCGGAAAAUGGAUCUAUGGAGGAAUGCAGGCAUGAGGCCAUGGCUAUCUCAGGUACAGCUUUAUAUCCAGGGCAGCAGCAAAUUAAUAAUCCCACUCCUAUUCCUGUCCUCAACGUCACUCUCACACUCUUCAUAAUACAACCGUCAACAGAAGUGGCGGAAGAGAAUGCAGUGAAGAAUGCUCAUGGAAUGCGAUCGACAGAGCCGUAUAGCAUGAGCAUGAAUGCAAUGGUACUGAAGUUGAAACGCUCGAUUAUGACGAAAUGA